CAACGCAAACGUAAUUGUUUUAAGUCAGUGGGAAAUUCACAAGCUGUUGUUUAGUUUGAUUUCAACAAUGUUCAUCAACAGACUGGCAUUUUGUGCGCCUCUGAUAUUGGUUUUGAUCAGCUCAGCUAAGGCUCGCCAUCCGUUUGAUAUUUUUCACUGGAACCCUAACGAUUUUGAGGAAUGUUUGCAUCUUAAUAACAUUACUAUUGGGGAAUACGAGAAAUAUGCGCGGUUCGAGACUCUGGAAUAUCUGCUCAACGAGAAUGUAGAUUGGAAGUACAAGUGCAAUAUCAAGUGCCAGCUCGAGAGAGAUUCGAAGAAAUGGUUAAAUGAUCAAGGUAGAAUGGAUCUGGACCUAAUGAAUGCCACCAGUGAAGCUGCAAAAUCCAUUACCAAGUGCAUGGAUCACGCUUCCGAAGAACCUUGUGCAUACAGCUUUAAACUUGUUAUUUGUGGCUUUAAAGCUGGCCAUCCCAUUAUUGAUUCUGAGUAAUCGCUAUUACUUUUAGAUGUGAUAGUUCCCGACAAAAACAAAACUAAUACUUGAUCAUCGGUUCCUUAUAUUGGAUAAGAAAUUUCUUCUACAGCCAUGUUUUAAAUAUCUAAAUCAACUGCUGAUAUUUUUCGAACCUUUUCAUUAAGUUCAUGUAAGCUCAGGAAAAAGUUAAUUUUAAUUAAUAUUUUAGCGAGAAACCAAAAAUAAUCUUUUUUUUUGGGACUUAAAUAAUUUUGUAUAAUAUUGGGGCUUUUGUGAUCAUGCUUAUUGUAC